AUGAGCACCAGGCUGCUCGAAAGCAUUGAGAUCAGGACGUCGCGCGUCGAGUUUGACUCGCUCGCGACGCCGGAGACGCCGAAGGAUGGUUUCAAGUCCCAUACUAUGCUUCCAAGCUACGCGGUGCAGUUGGCCCAACUCUCGGGACCACUCAGCGGUGUCCUGAUCGCUCCAAUUAUCGGUGUGUACUCAGACCGACUCACUUCGAGGUUUGGCCGUCGUCGUCCAUUCCUCAUCGUGGCUGCAGUCGGGAGUAUUAUCUGCUGGAUACUCACGGGAUACACUCGGGAGCUUGGAGACGCCUUGGGCGACGUGGGGACUGGCAAACCGGGAGAAGUCACAGACCGGAAAUGGACUGCAGUGCUCACGGUUUUCUUCUACGUCUGCACGGGUAUUGCCUUCAAUGUUGCGCAGACGCCAGCGCUGCUGCUCAUCUCGGUCUUUGCGGGAAGUCGACAGACUAUCGGCGCUGCCAUGGGGCAAGGGUGGGCGACACUUGGAGCGAUCGUAAUUGCAGUGUACACGGAGUUUUUCGGAGCGGCGUACAACUCACUGCACUGGUUCCUGGGGAUGUUGUCCUUCUUCAUGGCAUUUUGUGUCGGAGCAGCUUGUUACGUGGCCAAAGAGACGCCACUGGAUCGAAGAAUGCUGGAGAAGAGAAAUUGCUCAGUGCUUACUCUCCCAGGGGUGCUCACGGUGUUCUGCGUCGUCAUUUUCCUCAACCAGUACGCUUUCGCAGCCUACAACGCCAACAAGGGAAUGUUCUUCGAGGCUCAGCUGGAUUACAACCGCGGAGUAAAGCUUGCUGGAGGUCUCGCCGAUAUGCUGUCUUGCGUUGUCGGGUACUUGUACACAUGGGUUCUUCCCCCACUGGUGCUCCUGAUGGUCAUGGCAUUCUGCGACGUCGUAGCUCUGGACGUGACCAUCGUAGCUUUCUCAUCUAUCGCCAUGAGCACGUUCUUCUCGAUGAUUGUGCCUGUCAUCGUCCACGUAUUCGGCCACACUGCUGACAUCGGCGUGUACGUUGGCGUUAUAAACGCAGUAAAUUCUUCCGGCCAGCUGCUCAACUUUACUGUGGGUUCUGCGCUUGUGAAGACGUCGAUGGGCUACAGAUUACCUGUCUUCGCUGGCGGUGCAGUUAGCCUACUAGCGUUCCUCGUUUGCGCUUGCUUCUUCAAAACCAAAAUGAACUCCAUGUAA